AAAAAGAGGAGCGCUACAAUUAGCAAUGAGAUUAGUUACCAGUAAGUAACCAUUAAUGACCAACUAACCAACUCCAUUGUUGCUUAUUAGCAGGAAAAAUGGAAUAAAGAAGAAGAAGCCAUUGACAAGUCCUCUCCUCGAGAAUAGCAAAAAAUAUUCUAAGCCACCAGAUUCAUAUAUAAUCCCCAACCGAUGAUGACGCCACUUUCCUUCAAUUUUCCCUCCACUCAUCAAUUUCCCUAAUUUUUGCCCCUCCCUCGAAGCAAUGCAGCUGCUCCAAACCCUAAUUCCGCCAUCCUCCUCACCCACCGCCGUGGCGGCAGCGCUACCUGUCGCCUUCGCCUUCUUCCUCGUCAUCUACAUACUCGGCUACUCGUUGGUCUUCCGCCACUGGCCGUCGGGUGCUCGCUCCGAGGCUUCCAGCUGCCUGAUCUCUUUGUUUCACGGCACCCCUGCCGUGUUCAUUGCCUCCUUCGCAAUUUACUCCGACUCCGAUCGCGGAUUCUCAGCCACCAAUACCCCCUUUCAAUCCGCCGUGCUUGAUUUCAGCGUUGCAUACUUCUUCGUAGAUCUGCUCCACUACGUCUUCUUCUUCUCCCCUGGCGAUGCGCUCUUCAUCGGACACCACUUGGCCACUUUAUUUGUGUUUCUCACGUGUCGGUACCUCGUCGGCCACGGCGCGUUCGCGAUACUUACCCUGUUGGUCCUCGCCGAGGUCACCAGCUUCUGCCAGAACGUGUGGACGUUGGCCGGGGUGAGGAAGGGAGAUUCCAAGCUCGCCGCGAGGGUGUAUCGUUUGUUGUCCCCGCCGUUCUAUGCGUUCUACUCCGUCGUCCGUGGGGUUCUGGGGCCGGUGUUUAUGUAUAAGAUGGGGGAGUUUUAUUGGAGUGGGGUGGCAGAUAGUGUUGUGCCCAGGUGGGUUUGGGUUUCGUGGAUGGUGGUUGUGAUUGGCGCCAUCUCUGUUAGCAUCUUGUGGAUUAUCAACUUGUGGGUGGAGUUGUACAGAGAAAGGAAGGUGGAUGGUAGUUUGGAGAAGAAAGACAGGUAGAACAAGAACAUAGAUUGGAAAGAAAACGUAAAAAUGGAGUCUUUUGCUUUGUUUUUUGGAUGAUAUAAUGUUAAGAGUAGGAAGUAGAAGAGAGAAUUUCUCAAUUGUGUGUAACCAUUUGGGAUUGAAAUUGAAGCUUCUCCCCUGCUUUCUUCAUGUGCAUUCUCAAUUGGAUAUGGUGAUUAAGAUAGCAUUUUCCUUUCCAUGUCUCGGUUUUAUCAGUUGUGUGAAGUGGAAAUUCUGAUGUGCCCCAUUUUUUUCAGUGUCUUCUUCUGUGAUUUGGUUUUUUUCUUCUUCCAGUUUUAACGUCUUCUGCAAUGAGUUUGGAAGUUCUCUAAGGUAGCUUCUAGCUUGUGCUGCACCUUGUCAUGGCAAAGUUGGGAUGAGAUGGGGGCAUCAUUAGUCAUUUGUGAUGGUUUGUUUAAGCUUCGAAAACUCUGCACUUUUGUUCAAAUUGCUGUGCCCAUACACCAUAGAACUUCAUUCCUCGUGGAGAUCGUUGAUGUGACCUAGGUAUAUGAGAAUGGAGGAUUCAUUGUCAGCUAGGAGGGUGAUAGUUCUGAUGGUUUGUUUAAGCUUCGGAAAGUCUGCACUUUUGUUCAAAUUGUUGUGCCCAUACACCAUAGAACUUCAUUCCUCGCGGAGAUCGUUGAUGUGACCUAGGUAUAUGAGAAGAGGAUUCAUUGUCAGCUAGAAGGGUGCUAGGAACUUGUCUUGGUUUCUAUAACCUCAAGAACCAGAAACUGUGCUGGGGUUGCUCAUUUCCUUGUGAUAACUCUUAGGCUUGAUAAGCUGAAGAUGCCAGAUUGGAUAAUGUCCGAUUUAUGAUGUUGCCUUUGCUCACUGAAGAGAAUGUGGAGAUCUUUUCUGGGGUUUCACUUUCUAGAUCGUUGAUGUGACCCAGUAUCCAUGGCCCUUUUCUCUGAGAAGGUGCAUGAUGCCAUAACUGACGUAUCUUUACAACUUGCGGUAAAGUGAAUGCCCUUGCGAUAUCUUCACGCCAUAUAUAUCUUAUGGAAGCAUUAACGUUUUCUGUUUGUGCUUAGAUUGUGAACUGUAUAGCCACCCCUGUAUGCUUCAGCUGGCUAUGAGUUCGUGUAAUGCAGUCUGUCAAUAAUAUAUCAGAAGAGUAUUAUCUGCUUAGUUUCUUUUGGAUCUUGAGUAUGUGCAUUCGUCACUGGAGGAUGAGUGGAUGACUAAUCAACAGAUGAAGAAAUGGAAUCCCAACUACAUUACUUUCCUAAGAAGAUACUGUUCACAAUAGAAAACAGAAGUGCAG